CAUCAAGGCGCAGAUCCGCACAGGAGCUCCAGAUGGAGUUGACGCGCGAUGGGAUAAGAGCUGCGCGUCUUUUCAACGGCUGCUCCGCACUGCCUGGAUGAACUCGAGCCGUGCGGGGUCACAGUGCAGCAGCCCGUCAUGGGGGACGGUGGUGCGGCUUCGCCGGUGAACCUCCACAACAGCACGUGGAACGAGGCGUCCGAUGCGCCGGGUUCCGCUGCGGCCGCGUCCGAGCAAUGGAUGGCCGGGAUGAGCCUGGUGAUGGGUCUGAUCGUCCUGUCCAUCGUGUUUGGGAACAUCCUGGUGAUCGUGGCUAUAGCCAGGACGCAGAGGCUACAGACGCUCACCAACGUGUUUAUCGUGUCGCUGGCGUGCGCGGACCUCAUCAUGGGGCUGCUGGUGGUGCCGUUUGGCGCCGCGCUCGAGGUGCGUGGCACCUGGAUAUACGGCUCGUUCUUCUGCGAGUUCUGGAUCUCCGUGGACGUGCUCUGUGUCACUGCCAGUAUAGAGACUCUGUGCGUAAUCGCCAUAGACAGAUAUGUGGCCAUCACCUCACCUUUCCGCUACCAGAGCUUGUUGACCAAGGCUCGGGCCAAGGCGGUGGUGUGCGUGGUGUGGGGCAUCUCCGGGCUUGUCUCCUUCCUCCCGAUCCUCAUGCACUGGUCCCGCGACAGCGUGGACACAGCCUGCUAUGAGGACCCCUACUGCUGCGACUUUGUGACCAACAGGGCUUAUGCCAUCUCCUCUUCCAUCAUUUCCUUCUACAUUCCUCUCCUAGUCAUGAUUUUUGUUUACGCGCGGGUGUACAGAGAGGCCAAAAAGCAGCUGAAGAAGAUCGACAAGUGCGAGGGCAGGUUCCACAACACCCUGACCGGACUCACCGCCAAGUGCAAGAAGAGACCGUCCAAGAUUCUGGCACUCAGGGAGCAGAAAGCGCUCAAGACUCUGGGCAUCAUCAUGGGGACCUUCACUCUGUGCUGGCUGCCCUUCUUCAUCGUCAACGUGGUGCGGGUGUUCUGCGCAGAGGUGGUGGACAAGGACCUGUUCGUGUUCCUGAACUGGCUGGGCUACGUGAACUCAGCCUUUAACCCCAUUAUCUAUUGCCGGAGUCCGGACUUUAGGAAGGCCUUCAAGAGGCUGCUGUGUUGCCCGAGGCAGGCGGACCGCCGGCUGCACAUCAGCUCCUGCGACCUAUCACGGUGCUCCGGCGGCUUUGUGUCUGCGCUGGAGCCCGGCACGCUGGAGAUGUGGUCGGACUGCGCCGUUCUGGACAACAGCGAAAGCAGCCUAAUGGGGACUGGGAAACUGUCUCACUCUGAGUCCCAGAUGUGAAGCAAAAGAUAUUACAAAAUAACUUAUUGUGGUGAAAAACAAAUUCAAACUGUGGGAUUAAAAAAACAAAACGCGUCCACAUGGACCAUCUUUGGGCCAGGUAUGCGAAAUUUUCUUUAAGGUAGUUGUUUUUGAAAAUAUAGAAAAAGAUGAUGCAGUUUGGAAAAGCCUACAGAACCAAACAUUUUUUAAAAUGUAAAAAGUCUAAAGUUAAGGGUUUGCCAAAAAACGUAGUGCGCUUUUAUCAAAAGAUCGCAGACGUAAUAAGUCACUAAAAAUAUAGUUUUUUUUUUUAUUUUGCUCUAAACCUGCUGGAGAUUCAUAUCUGUAGAGCAUUCUAAGGUGCGCCCAGAGCCGGACCAAGGCAGCAGCGAACUACGCUGCUGCUGUUUGGGCUCCCCGGCCAGCAGGGGGCCCUCAAAGCACUCUUGACUUCUCACAAAUAUAUCUCACAGAUAAUGAAACUUCAUGCGCAUUGCAUAUAUUUCUAAAUGUCAAAUUUAAAAUAAUGUAAAUUAAUUUAAAAGUUUUAUACUUUUCUUUUGACAAAUUUUCAUUAUUUUUUAAAUGUAACUUUUUCCAAUUAAAAGCAAACGUUUAAAGAAUUUCAAUUUGAUGUUCAAAACCUUUGGUGAAGAGAAGGAUUUAGGCUACUUUUACAUUUUUCCUAAGGUUUCUGAAUAUCAAGUUAAACGUUUUGUUUUAAAUUUAAAAUCUAGAUUUUAAGAUUAGGAUCUGGAAAAUGAUUCAAAAGAGUUGACAAAUAAAAAACUGCCUCACUGUGAGAUACAACUAUAAAUGAUUGUAAAUAAGGAAAACUUUAAAGGUAUGCAAAAUGUCCAUAACAUUUUGCAAACUUGUCCCAAGUAAGUUUAUUUUCAGUAUAUAACAUGAUGAUUCAAUCCUGUAAACCAGAUAUUUCUCUGGAUGUAAAAAGUUUAAAAUUAAAAAGAGAAAUUGUGCAAAACAGCACACACCUAUACCACUCUAAUUUAUUACUAGAAAUAUUGCAGUUUUAAACCCUAAAUUUGAGAGUUAAGCAAUCCCAUUUUUGUCUGAGGUUUCAAAAUCCAUCAUCAUGCUUACAAUUAGGCACAAGCCUACUAAGCUGCUACUUGGGGUCCCAAGCCAUCAUAAUCAACCCCCUCAGGUAUGCUAUGAGCCUACUUUUAAAUGUCUCCUAGAGUUUGUGAAUCCUACUUUUAAAAGAAAUUGAAGCUUUUAAAAUGUAUUAGAAGGAUUGCAAACUUUAAAAUAAUUUAUUGUAAGAAAAAACAUCUGCAUACAAAAACUACAUUUUAUUCUGCUGAGGCCCUGGGCCUCAUACAUGCUUGGGUUAGCUCUGUGUUGGUCUUUACAAGGCCGGCCCUAGGUAUAAGCUGUGUUUAUGACUGCUUAGGGCCCCCCAGGAGAAAUUUAAUUCAACAAACACAGAAGUUGCACUGAUGCUAAGGAAAACCUUUUAGUUCCCACUGAACUAUAGUCUUGAUUCAGUGAUACAAGUGACAGCUUGUUUGUUUGUUUGUUUGUUUGUUUGUUUGUUUGUUUUUAAAAAGUCUGCCAAAUGUACAAGAAUGACCACAAAACAAUAACAGGAAGAUAUGAAAUAUCCUGCAUUAUCAGCUGUGUGGCUCAACUUGUUAAGGUCGUGUGCUACUAAUUGAGUAAGUGUUAGUUUAAUUGACUUAUAGUAGAGAUGCACCAAACAAUCAGCCAGAAAGCAGAAUUGGCUGAUUUUCCCUUGAUCAGUUCUAAUCUGUAAUUGACAUGCCAAACAUGGAAAAAUCAGGGUUUUCCUUCACCUUUCAUUAAAUCCAUAAAAACAAAGGCCUCCCACCAUUUUAAGUCGAUACUCAGUUUGAUGAGUGUGUGCUUCUUUUAGUUUAAUUUAAUGCAUAAAGGCAUAAAUGGAGGUCGCCUUGUUAUUCCUUCAUUGUCAGUUCCAUUACAAACUACUACCUCUUUUAAGGAACCUGCGGCACAUUUUUUUCUUUUUUGUAUUGUAUAUUCAUUAGAAAAUAAAUCUAAAGUAAACCAGAGAUCGGUAUCAGCCAUGAUCAGUGCAUCUUUAACUUUUUACAUCUCAACUGUAUCCUAAACAUUCAGAAAAAAUAGACAUUAUUUAGACACAUUCUCAAAAUAAAAUGCUCCCUAAGUUAACAGAAUUAAAAAAUGAAAGAUAAUUUAAUAAUUUUUGCUUGUAUCUGAGCGUAGAAAACAUUUUAUGCCCAGCUAUUAAACUGUCUUCAUGGUUGCCCAAACUUGUUUUUUCAUCUUUUGGUUAACAAACUAAGUAAGUUGGCUGUCAUGUUUUAAUAUACUUGUGCCAUAAGAUCUACUUACACCUGUACAAUUAGAAAAUUAUAAGAUGUUUUUGCCAUUCGUCUCUCUAUCCUUCUCCACAUUACUGUAGUAGUUAGUAUCUACUACUUCAAACAGUGUCAGUGGCAAAAACAAAUUAUUAGCAGCCUCAAAAAUUAACAAGAUUUACCAUUUAAUGUUUAAAAAGGGGACUUAUAUCUAGUGUUAUUUAUUAACAGAUGAUUUGAGUUGACUGAUCACAUCCAGAGACAGUCAGUAUAAUUUGUCACUGGCUCAUUAGUUAGUUGUACUACAAGUUGUGUUAAAUUAAUUCAGUUUGUUUUAUUAAUAUAGUGCAAAUUCACAACAAAUGUCAUCUUAAGGAACCUCACAGGACAAACAAAUAUAUACACAGAAUAAUACUGUCAAAUCAGUCUGGCUGCAUAAACAGAUUCAGAUUUAUUCCUAGUUAUGAAACAAUGCUGUCAGAUUAGGUUAAUAAUGCAAACUAGUAAAAAUGUUUGUAUGUAAGAAUCAUGAGUUUGCAGCAAUCCCUCCUCCUGAGCAGGUAUGUGGCAACAGUGGAAGGUUGACUACAGCAAAAAAAAACAAGUUGAUUAAAGUUUUAAAAAAUCAUGCACAAAUGCUAAAAACUAAUAAAAUAAAAUAAAAAUAAAGCAUAUGUAAUAUAAAAAGGAGGUCCGUGUCCCUCUGGUGGUUGAUGGGUUUAACUGGAGGUGGGCCCCCCUGAUAAAACUCAGUUUAAGGCCUUAUUCAGCCAUGGGACGGCCCUGGUGCUCUGCGAUCGGGAAACACAGUACACCCUGAUGGAAAAUUGUAAAUUACUCCUAAAAAUAUUAUUAGUUGUUUUUUUUACUCUAAAUUAGUCAGAUAAGAAGUCACUUUCAUAUCUGUAGUGAUGAGGAUGAUGAAACAGUGGUGGGUCCUGAAAUAAUCCCAGUUCAUGAUGCUUAAACUGGCCACUCAGGCGCGCUGUAAUAAACUGGUUGGUGUUUAAAAGCAUUUGUCUUGUAUAGCUCACAAUGUGUUUUACCUCACAGCCGUCGGCAAGUGCAAUUUGUACUGGCGGGUACUUGUUUAUAUUAAACAUUGUGUAAAAUAAGACGUGUAUUUAUUCCGCCGUGUCUUUUUAAAUGAAGAGAGUCUAUGAUGGGCGGACGCCUGUUGUACAUACUGCACUGUGAAGUACUGAAAUGAUGACAAUGAGCCCUCUCUCUCGCUUUCUGUCUCUGGCUUUAAGAGCUGUUGUGAGGUGGUGCUUUAACGUCUGUGAAAAUAAAAGGAAGUUUCGUGAUCAA